CUCACACACUCACAGACACUAAGUGACUACUAGCAUUGAAACCAAGCAAGCAAAGUAUAUAUAUGUCCAAGAACGGUACCAUGUAUAUUUUGGGCUUCCACGAGGACCAAGCACGACCGCUCUCACGCAUCCAUGCAUGCACAGCACGGGGGCAUGCUGCAUCCUGACUUCCUCGCCUGUCGUGUCGUCCUCGUCCGUCCGUCCCUGUCCCUGGACAGGCGCAGUACGUCCGGCAAUGCCGCGGAGCCGCCAGCGACCGUCAUCCGCCAUGACCGGCCUGACGCGCGCAUGCAACCGCACGCUGUUACGGACCCCCGGCCGGCCUCCAUAAAACACCACGGCGACGAGGGGGGUGUCGACCACCGCCCGCUCGCUCGCUCGCCCCCUCAUGGACCCUCCUCUGCGGCUCCUGCCCGACGUCGGGCGCCUCAUGGCGGCGCUGCUCCUCCUGGCCGCCUGCCUGUCCGCGUGCAGCGUGCAGGCGGUGACGAGCGCGGAAGCCUCGUACAUCGCGCACCGCCAGCUGCUGGCCAUGAAAGAGGCCGGCGGCGGCGAGGGCGGCGACCUUCCGUCGGACUUCGAGUUCGACGACCGCCUCGGCGCCGCCGCGGGCAGCUUCGCCAACCCUCGCCUCCGCCGCGCGUACAUCGCGCUGCAGGCCUGGAAGCGCGCCUUCUACUCCGACCCCAAGGGCUUCACCACCAACUGGGUCGGCAGCGACGUGUGCAAGUACAACGGCGUCAUCUGUGUGGAGGCGCUGGACGACCCCAAGAUCAUGGUGGUCGCCGGGAUCGACCUCAACGGCGCCGACAUCGCCGGGUACCUUCCCCCCGAGCUCGGCCUCCUCACCGACCUCGCCUUCUUCCACAUCAACACCAACCGCUUCUGCGGCAUCAUCCCCAAGAGCAUGUCCCGGCUGUCUCUCCUGCACGAGUUCGACGUCAGCAACAACCGCUUCGUCGGCGUCUUCCCCUACGUCUGCCUCGAGAUGGUGUCGCUCAAGUACCUCGACCUCCGGUUCAACGACUUCGAGGGCGACCUGCCGCCGGCGCUCUUCGACAAGGACCUGGACGCCAUCUUCGUCAACACCAACCGGUUCGUCGGACACAUCCCGGAGAACCUCGGCAACUCCACGGCGUCGGUCAUCGUCUUCGCCAACAACGCCUUCGUCGGGUGCAUCCCCAAGAGCAUCGGCCGGAUGGUGAAGACGCUGGACGAGAUCAUCUUCCUCAACAACAAGCUCGACGGCUGCCUGCCGCUGGAGAUGGGCCUGCUGGUGAACACCACCGUCAUCGACGUCAGCGGCAACAUGCUCGUCGGGACCAUCCCGGAGCAGCUCUCCAACGUCGCCAAGCUCGAGCAGCUCGACGUGUCGCGGAACGUCUUCACCGGCAUCGUGCACGACAAGAUCUGCGAGCUCCCGGCGCUCGUCAACUUCAGCUUCGCCUUCAACUUCUUCAACUCGGAGGCCGCCGUGUGCAUGCCGUCCGACAAGGCGCUCGUCAACUUGGACGACAGGGACAACUGCCUCGGCGCGCUGCGACCGGCGCAGAAGACGGCGCUGCAGUGCGCCCCCGUGCUCGCGCGCCCCGUCGACUGCAGCAAGCAUGUGUGCGCUGGCUACCCGACGCCCGGAGGGCCACCGGAGAAGCCGCCGUCGGUACCCGAGAAGCCGCCGUCGGUGCCAGCCAAGCCUGCUGCGCCGGCGCCCAUGCCCACCCCGCAUACACCGCCGGAUGUAUCGCCAGAGCCGCUUCCAGAGCCAUCGCCGGCGCCGGCGCCGGCGCCCAUGCCGGUGGCGACCCCUAAGACACCACCGGCGGACGAUUACGUACCAACACCACCUGUACCGGAGAAGUCAGCACCGCCUCCAAAGUCUGUCCCAGAGACACCCGAGCGGCCAAAGGAGCCACCGCCUGAGGUGAAGCCUCCGGUUGUCGCCUCGCCGCCUCCGGCACCGGUGAAGUCGUCUCCUCCACCAGCGCCAGUGGCAUCACCACCGCCACCUGUGAAGUCUCCUCCACCAGCUCCGGUUGCUUCACCACCACCACCUGUCAAGUCUCCCCCGCCACCAGCACCAGUGAGCUCUCCACCACCUCCCGUCAAAUCACCUCCACCGCCGGCACCGGUGGCCUCACCACCACCACCCGUGAAAUCACCUCCCCCGCCAGCGCCGGUGGCAUCACCUCCGCCGCCAGUGAAAUCACCUCCUCCGCCCGCACCAGUGGCCUCUCCACCUCCACCGGUGAAAUCUCCACCACCGCCGGCUCCCGUGAGCAAACCUCCUCCUCCGGUGAAGUCCCCACCACCACCAGCUCCGGUGAAAUCAACCCCACCUCCAGAGGAACACCCAACACCACCUACUCCGGUGAAGUCAUCACCGCCGCCUGAGAAGACUCUACCUCCACCCACUCCGACUGCCUCUCCACCACCAAAAGAGAAGCCUACUCCUCCAUCAACUCCGUCUAAGCCACCUUCAACUCCAGAGAAGCCUCCAUCAACUCCGUCGAAGCCACCUUCAGCUCCAGAGAAGCCAAAACCACCACCAUCUCCGGUUGAGACACUACCUCCUCCAUCAAAGUCGUCUUCUCCACCGAAAGAACCACCGCCUACACCUAAGUUAUCACCUCCACCAGUGAAGUCUUCUCCACCUCCAGCACCAGUGAGCUCACCACCACCUACACCUAAGCCAUCACCUCCACCAGCUCCAGUAAAAUCACCGCCUCAAGUAGAGAAGAAGACUCCACCACCAGCACCAGUCAGCUCGCCACCUCCGGCCGUAAAGUCGUCUCCACCACCAUUGACGCCUAAGUCAUCAGGCCCACCUGCACAAGUGAGCCCACCACCUGAAGACGAAGAGGAGAGCUCACCACCUCCAGUAGUGAAGUCUUCUCCACCACCGGAGACGCCUAAGUUGUCGCCUCCACCUGCUCCUGUGAGCUCACCACCUCCAGUGGUAAAGUCAACUCCACCACCGGCACCAGUUAGCUCACCGCCGCCAGCGCCUAAGCCGUCGCCUCCACCUGCUCCUGUGAGCUCACCACCUCCGGUGGUAAAGUCUUCUCCACCACCGGCACCAGUUAGCUUACCACCGCCGGCACCUAAGACACUACCUCCACCUGCUCCUGUGAGCUCACCGCCUCCAGAAGUGAAGCCACCACCAGCGCCUAAGCCGUUACCUCCACCGGCUCCUGUGAGCUCACCACCACCUCCGGUCAAGUCGCCGCCUCCACCGGCCCCUGUGAGCUCACCUCCUCCCCCAGUGAAGUCUCCUCCACCACCGGCACCGCUCAGCUCACCACCGCCUCCGGUGAAGUCCCCACCACCACCGGCCCCGGUUAGCUCACCACCACCUCCAGUAAAGUCACCACCACCCCCAGCACCGGUGAGCUCGCCGCCACCUCCAGUGAAGUCACCACCACCACCACCGGCACCGGUCAGCUCUCCACCACCCCCAGAAAAAUCUCCUCCUCCACCAGCACCGGUUAGCUCUCCUCCACCGAAGCCGCCAUCACUACCACCACCGGCCCCAGUAAGCUCGCCUCCUCCGGCGGUCACCCCUGCCCCACCGAAGAAAGAAGAAUCAACACCAGCACCACCGGCAGAAUCCCUACCUCCACCUUCAUUCAACGACAUCAUCCUUCCACCUAUCAUGGCCAACAAGUACGCAUCUCCACCUCCCCCUCAGUUCCAAGGGUAUUAAGCACCACAGAGAUCGACAUGGCUGACGAAGAGUGACGACUGGAACAGUAUAUAAGGUCACACGCGCAGACAAACAGCUAGCUACAUGUAAACUGCAAGCGUGUGUGAAAUUGUUUAUUUUUGUGCAUGUGCACGCGUGAGUAUAUGCUUCUUCGUACAUAUAUAUGUACGAAUGUGUGCAUAUGUGAACUAACUACAUGAGGCGACAAUUCAAGGUGUAAGAGACAUGCCAGGGGAGUGUGAUUUUUGUGCCUUCUGUAUCGCUUUAUUUUUUUUCUUCUUAUAUAUAGAAAGGAAACAUUUUCCUUAAAAAAGGGAGUACAAGGUGAAGGAACAAAGUUAAGGGAUUUUUACGAACUGCUUUUGUUCCUGUUGUUGAUAUACUAUAUAUUAAAAUGGUUAUGUGACCCAGGCCAUAUAUGAUGAAUAUUUCUUGUAAUUUCAUUAUGAUCCAUGUGAAUUGAAUUCUGUCA